AUGAAAAGUUUUGAAGCACUUCAAUCUGAAACAAACAUAACAAUGAAUACUGUAGAUAGUGUUGAUAGUUUUAUUUCUGAAAUAAUUCAUGGACACUGGGAUAAUGUUAUUUCUAUUAUUCAACCAUUACAGAUUCCUACAGCAAAAUUAAUUGAUCUCUAUGAGCACAUUAUUUUUGAAUUAUUAGAAUUGAGAGAGUUAGGUGCUGCAAAAUUAAUUUUAAGAAAUACAGAACCAAUGGAAUUAUUACAAAAAUCAAAUCCAGAUAGAUAUAAAAAUUUGGAUUCAUUAUUACAAAGAACAUACUUUGAUCCAAGAGAAGUAUAUACGGGAGGUAAAAAUAAAAUGCAAAGAAGAAAUGAGAUUGCUGAGGCGUUAUCUGUUGAGGUUCAUGUUGUUGCACCAUCACGUUUAUUGUCACUACUUGGGCAAAGUUUAAAAUGGCAACAAAUACAAGGUUUACUACCAGCAGGUACUCAAAUAGAUCUCUUCAGAGGAAAAGCUACUGUCAAAGAACAUGAAGAAGAACAAUAUCCAACUUAUGAGUUAGCAAAUAUUAAAUUUGGAAAGUCUUCUUUACCACAAUCUUGCCAAUUUUCACCUGAUGGUCAAUUUUUAUUAGCAGGUACAAUGGAUGGUUUUAUAGAAGUUUACAAUUAUUCCACAGGAAAAUUACGAAAAGAUUUACAAUAUCAAGCUAAUGAUGAUUUUAUGAUGAUGAAAGAAGCUGUUUUAGAUAUAAAAUUUUCACGAGACUCUGAAAUGGUUGUUUGUGGAGCAAAAGAUGGGGCAAUAAAAGUGUUUAAAUUAUUAACUGGUAAAACUUUAAGAACUUUUAACAAAGCCCAUAGUGAUGCUGUAUCAUGUGUUGUUUUUAGUAAAGACAACUCACAUAUUCUUUCAGGUGGACAUGAUUAUAUAGUAAAAAUUCAUGGUUUAAAAUCAGGUAAAACAUUGAAAGAAUUUAAAGGUCAUACUUCAUUUAUAAAUGACGCCAAAUAUGUUGAUGAUGGAUCUCAAUGUCUAUCAGCUUCAUCAGAUGGAACAUUAAAGUUGUGUAUAAAUCCAAUUUACAAAACUAACGAUCAAUUUCUUGUAUCAAACAAGUCAAAUACAAUAUACUUAAUUAAUACACAGGGUCAUAUUAUUAGAUCAAUGUCUUCAGGAAAACAAGAAAAAGGUGAGUUUUUAUCAGCAAUUCUGUCUCCUCGUAGUGAAUGGGCUUAUUGUGGUGGGGAAGAUGGUUUGUUGUAUUGUUUUUCAAUGAUAUCAGGAUCAUUAGAACACACAAUUUGUGUUCACGAAAAAUCUGUUAUGGGAGUAGUUCACCAUCCUCACCAAAAUUUGGUAGCUACAUUCUCAGAUGAAACAAAAUUAAGAAUUUGGAAAGCAUAG